AUGGUCACUCCAGACUGCAGUGAAUCAACUACAAGUCGCGUGUUUCCCGUGACUCCCGGGGCACUCGGCUGCGACGCUGCUGACGUAAACUGGCCCAGGACUGCCCAGGCCGGAGGCCGAGUCCGGGAUCCCUCGCCCCAUCGGUCAGGCUACCUGCGUUCGCGAUCUAGAAGCAGAAAGCAGCUCUGCUUCCCUGCAAAGGAGCUGGGCAGCGGCACCAUGAAGUACAUGCUAAACCUCUAUGUGCUGGGGGUCAUGUUGACCCUGCUUUCCAUCUUUGUUAGACUGAUGGAGUCACUGGGAGGAUUGUUGGAGAACCCAUUGCCCGGGAGCUCCUGGAUCACGAGAGGUCACCUAGCCAACACACAGCCUCCCAGGGGCCUUCCAGACCAUCCAUCCAGAGGAGUGCAAUAAAACCUCCCCCCAGGCAUCAGCCAUGCUUUGACACACUGACUUCAGCAUGUCCGACCACAUGUUUCAUUUUCCAAGAGGCAACAUCAAGUGUCUCCAAAGAACUGUUACUAGGCCUGGCAGGGCAGUUUUCUUUUGGAUGUUCCCUUACCCGGGAAAAGAGCCUGUUUACUGGAGAGGUGUGAGUGGCUUGUCUGUGGCUCUGAGAUGGCAGUGUACCGGUUUCAGCUGUUGGGAGAAUGUUUUUUUGGUUUUGUUUGUUUGUUUAAGUCCUCCGUCCUAAAGGACUCUUUUGGACCUAAGCAUCUUCUGUUGUUUACUAUUGAGCCUCUCUUCCAGGAGAGUUUUGUUUGGACAGCAUCUAAGGGGUUGUGGGUUGGCCACGAAGACAGGGUGGACCAUCCGGUGUUUAGGUCUAAGUUCUGCGUUUAAGUUCUUUCUCCAGUGUAAUGCACAUGUGUUUGUACAUAAUGUCUAAAGGGCUAUGGGAUGAUCAGGCCUGCUAGGGUAUAGGCAUUCCAGCCACUGUGUGGCUUACAUGAGUUUUUCUAAUGCAAUAAAUGUGAAUAUAUGUGUAUGUAUACAUUUCCA